GUUCCGACAUACACCAAUCCUCACUUCAUUUUCCUGUACCCAGCCGAGAAAGUGAAAACCCACCACAUUCUCUCUCUCUCUCUCUCUCUCUCUCUCUCUCUCUCAUAACCUUCAACACAAACUUCUAGCAUCGACCAUCAAAACAAAUGGACGAUGAACCCUCUUCUCUUGUUAGGAUUCAACUUGUGUCUAAGCCAGUCUCUGAUGGCCUCCUUGUUAAGUUUCCAGACAUGUCCGAAUUCGACUUCGAGUACGAGAAGAGCGCUCUCUGGUCACCGCCUGUGCCCGUGCCCCAUGCAAACUUUUCAAGAUCGCCGCAGGUGAAGUUAUCUGGCGAUGGGAGUUCUUUAAAGAAGGCAUCAAGGAGGAGGCAUACGGUUUGUUUGCACGUUAUUUGUUUCUCAUGAUCGACAUGAAGAUAACCUGAUAUAUAGAUGAGAGGCUGUGAUUUGGUUUGCUUUUUUUAAACCCUUUUCAUUCAUUUUUCUAAUAUAGUUCUAAAUAUGUAUUGUUUAUGUGAUAUGUUUUUCACAUUAAUUUGAUGUUGUAUGUAGUGGGGUAUACCUAUGUAAGCCGUAGUGUGUCAUGUGCAGAUCUUAAAACAACUGACAGUAAUCAUGCGUGCGCUAUAUUAUCCUUAUUUAACGGAAAGCCUACUGUCCUUAUCUUGAUCCAUAUUUCUUUUU